UUCCGGCGAGCGCGCCGUGGCGGUGAUGCGCGCGGGGCGAAAACUGGCGGGUGGCGGCGGCAGCAGCAGCAGCAGCCGCCGGAAGCCGCCCGUUGGCAUGGCGGCGGCGGCGGCCUCGUCGUCGUCCUGCGAAGCCGCCGCGGAGGCCCGCGAGAGGGUCCUGGAGGAGGCGGUGAACGGCUGGGCCCUGGUCUUCUACUUCCACCGAGCCAUGCAGGCUUUCCGGGCCGGGCGGAACCGGGACUUCCGCCAGCUGCGUGACGUGAUCUACGCUUUGCUUGCACGGCCCCUGGCAGUAGAGAAAAAUAUUCACCUGCAGCUGAGGAUUCUCCAGCUACUAUCCAGGCUUGAAGAAGAUUGGACUAUUGAUGCAGAGACUGAGUUAACGCCCCUUGAAUGUGCUCUUGGUCUUCUGGAGAAGAUGAAGAAAGAACUGGACAUAGACACGAAUGUGAUAGAAAAAAUAAGAAAAAGCAUCAACGAAGCAGCUGUUAUUGUCUGUGUUAAGAAUAAAGAAUUUGAACAGGCUUCCAAAAUCUUGAAGAGACACAUGUCAAAGGACCCAAGCAGCCAGAAAACCAGGAUGUUGCUGCAGAAUAUCAUCCGAGAGAAGAACUUCUGCCAUCCCACCAUCUGGAAUUUCUCCUAUAAGGCCUUCCAGCAGAGGAUGCUUCUGUUUCUGGAAGACUACCUGGAGGAUGCUGAGCCUUUACUUCUCAAGAUGGCGAAGGAGAAUUUGACUGAUAAGCCGGAGACCAGGCUCAAUCCCCUGGGAGCAGCCAGUGAGGAGAUGGUGAUUACAGAGUCUGCGGGGAAAGUGGCGGCGGCAGCAGCAGCAGAAACUGCAGAGUCCAGGGUGGGCCCCACUGGCCCUCUGGCAGAGCACAGACCUGCGAAGGAGGACCCUGAGGCAGCUGGAGAACGGCCACCGUCUUUGGAAGGAGCCCGCGAGGCAGCAGCGAGGCCGGACCCUGUGGCGGGAGCCAGCCAAGAGGCAGCUGCUUGCGAACCAGAGAGAGCAGCUCCUGCUGGCGAGGUGGCAGGCCCUGCUGCCGCUGCCCCCAGUGGAGAGAAGCCACCCGUGGCCCCCAUGCCCGCCGUGACUUCCAAGGACUCGGAGAGAUGCCCGCCCCAGAGGCCAGCCUUCCAUGGGCUCUCUGCUCUGAGGGAAGCUUUCAAGGCCCUUUCUGACUCCCCAGAUCCUGAUGCAGCCUUUUCUAAACUGGACGAGUCGGACUGGGCGUGCCCCAAGCAGGCCUCCCCUUCUGCGCCCUGCAGAGCCAAGCGCCAGAGGAAGGAAGAGAACGUUGCCCCUCUGGCUCAUCCCUCGUGCCAGAAGAAGUGCCUGGUGACCAUCAGCCAGCUGAUUAUGGGGCCGGAGGGAGAGUGCCGCUGGGACCUGCCUGCCCGCCCAGUCCCGUCCGGGAAGCCGGCGUUGGCUGCAGCCACCCAGCCUGCCAGACCCAAGGUGCCCGACCAGCCUGCGCCUCCCAAGUGUCCCAGGUUAGCCAAGCAGAGGCCGACUCUUUCCACGAGGCAAGAAGAGAAAGAUGAGUGGAGCGAUGAGGACGAGCUCUUUGUGGUGGACCAGGAUCAUUGGGAGAGACGCAGCCCCAGUACUUCCAUCAGCAACAGCAGGAAGAAGAUGUGGACGACCGAGGAGUCUGAAUGGAUCAAGGCAGGCGUGAAGAGGUUUGGGGAAGGGAACUGGAAGGCCAUUUUCCGAAACUACCCCUUUAAAGAACGCACUCCCGUGAUGAUCAAGGACCGCUGGCGGACCAUGAAGAGGCUGGGCAUCCAGUGACCUUCCCGAAGGCAGGACUGUGGCUGGAGGGGUGGGGUGGGGGGCCGCAGGCAGUUGGUUGGGCUGCCGCGCCACACGUGCUCGGAGGUGUGGCUGGUGGCCUCAAGUUUUGGCCGGAUGCCGGGUUGUUCCUGUUGUUACUCUUUUCUUCUGUGACACUUUUCAGUGAGCUUCCACUGGAGCCCAGAGUUGGUGCUGGAGUGAAGGCAUGUCCUUGGGGAAAGGAACAGGCUUUGUCCCUCAGGCCUUGCCUCAUUAGAAGUGGGAGGACCCAGAUAUUUCCUCCUGCUGCGUUCGGAGGCUUAUGGAUCGGGCGUAGAUCUGGUCCUGUUGAGUUGGGGUUUUUCCCCCCUUGAAGGUUAAGAAUUUGGGGGCGUUGUGCAGCUAAUCUAGCAAUAAAUGAGGUGUGGAAAGGCCCUCUGGCGGGCUUCUGCUUGGCCCGUCUUGUGGCCAGAGAGCAGUCAAGGCCAAACUGUAUGUGUUUGUGUUGUAAAAUAAAGCCUUUUCUAUCAGGUUCCUA